GAGAGAGAGAGAGAGUUGACUACCUAGCCCAGGCGCCAUGUUCAGUAAACAACAGCUUCUCUCUCGUGCCUGGUAAGGAAGUUACCAGAUGCCACAGCUUGUCAUAAGUGCAGUCUGCUGGGAUCGUUUGAGAAAUGAGCAACAAUGCUGCUUCAUUUGUUUACUUUUAUUGACAGAUACCUAAGCCGUUCACAUAUUCACAUCCUAGAGAUAUUGACGCUGCCUAUGUAGGCUCAUUUUAGAAGGUUGGUUAGACCAACUCCCUCCUUCAGAGCCGUGAAGAAACCUGACCACAGACGCGCCACCAACCCCCAGUCCCCACCAACUCUCCGCAAACACCUCGCCCCCCCACCCACCUUCCCAAAGCCCCUCCAUUCUCACUACCGUUAUAACCGAGGAGGUUAUAACCUUCAUUCUCUCUCUCUCUCUCUCUCUCUACUAUAUCAAAUGCGUUUCUGUAGUGAAUCAGUUAUUUGACUGUAGACAAUCUCCUCUCUCUCUCUCUAAACAAAUUAUUUAUGCAUACCACAAUGAUAUCCCAUAUUAGCAGUUACUAAAUCAACUUUUUUCACUGGCUGUCUUGAAGUUUGUUCAGUUAACUUAAAAGGGCAACCCUAUCCUAAAUUGCUGCCAGGCGGGGUAAUAUGUAAAACGAAGCGUAAUCGCGGCCCUUAAGGCCCCCAUACACUAUCGAGCAUCGAAUCGCGCUACGUGCAACGCGUCGAGUUUUCAUAGUGUAUGGGGGCUUGCGCAUCGUGCAACGAGCCACUCGCAGCUGGCUCGACGCUAUCAAGACAUUCCUGAUAUUUUGUGGGCGGAGCUUCGAGCCAAGUGAUAAUUUGUUGGGUACACGAGGAAGGCUCCAUUAUUUUUGUAUGUUGAGUGAAAUUGAAAAUGGAUAGCGCCAAUUCAAGAGAAGUGUUAAGUGACUUUAUAGACCUAUACCAGUCUUUCCCGUGUUUGUGGAAAAUUAAAUCGGCAGAUUACUAUAACAAACACGCAAAACAAAUUGCUCAAGACAAAUUAGUAGAAAAACUGAAAGAAUGUGACCCUAAUGCUGAUCGUGAAUCAUGUUUACGUAAGAUUAAUUCUCUACGUGCAUCAUUUAGAAAAGAAUUUAAAAAGGUUCAGGCCUCAUACAAAUCUGGAGCCAGCACAGAUGACAUUUAUAAGCCCAACUUAUGGUACUACGAAAAAUUACUCUUUCUGAAAGACCAAGAAAUGCCAGGACGCUCUAGGUCUUCUUUAGAGGAGGAAAGCUUUGAAAGAGAGAUGGCGGAUGAUGAAUCUCGUCCAAAGAACAGGAAACGUAAAGCUCCAGAUCCCACUGAGGAAUUGGUGAAGUUGGCCUACAAACGCCUUCAACAACCACAAGAUGACAGCGACAUACUUGCUGCAGCUUGGGCAGUCGAGCUCCGAAAAAUGGAUCCACAACAGCAGUUGUUUGCCAAGAAGGCCAUCAAUGAGAUACUGUUUGAGGGACAAAUGGGGACCUUACACCGUAAUUCAGUUGAAAUUAACGUCUCACGUGUGUCCACACCAUAAUAGUGUUCAGCACCUCCCUUCCCCUUCAUUCCGUCAGUAUGAAUCAGCAGGUGCCUCCUCGCAAGACACAGGUGGAUAUUACACUACUUUUCAGUAAGGCAGUUACUUUCCAAAUUCAUGUAGGUAUACCUUAUAUACAAUGUCAAGUUUUGUUCUAGCCAAUGUAUGCCAAUAUUUUGAAUGUAUAAAUAAAAGGAUUUGA